AUGACAAUUCUAGAUACGCUCGGGCAGAAUGCCGGCCAGUAUGCCACAGCAGCGCUUACACUGAUUGUCAUUUGGCAAGUAUCAACCAUCAUCUAUAAUCUGUACUUCCACCCUCUCCGCGACUUCCCUGGUCCCGUCUUGAGCCGCGCGUCUGGGAUAUUCUGGGCGUACCGUCAUAGCACUGGAGUCCAGGCUUUCCAUACCCAGAAAUUGCAUGAUAAGUAUGGCACCGUCGUCCGCGUUGGACCCAACCACCUGUCCUUUACGGACCCUCAGGCAUGGAAGGAUAUCUACGGCCACCGGAUUGGAAGCGUCGGCAACAUGACGGAGAUGCCCAAGUCGCCAGUGUUCGUGAGGUCGAUCAAGAACAUACCGCCAUCGAUCAUCAAUGCGGAUCGUGAAGAGCACUCCAUGCUUCGCCGCGCGCUGUCGCACGGCUUUUCAGAUAGCUCUAUGCGGGAACAAGAGCCUCUGAUUGCAAAGUAUGUGGACCUGCUGCUUCAACGCCUUCACCAGAAGUGCGACCGCGGCAACGAGCCCCUCAACCUCGAGACCUGGUACAACUGGACCACAUUCGACGUAGUUGGCGACCUGGUGUUUGGCCAGUCGUUCCAGUGCCUUGAGAAGGUGCGCACUCAUCCUUGGGUGGCGUUCAUCUUCCAGAGCGUCAAAUACGGCGCCACCACGGUCGCGCUGAACUACUUGGGCCUUUCUCCUGUGACACAGAUCAUAUUCAAGAUCGGUGGACUGUCCGCAAUCAAGACGAUGCGAAAGUACAUCAACGACCUCCUGACCAGUCGGUUGAGCGUCAAAGGAGACCGGAAUGACCUGUUUGAAGGUAUCGUGAAGCGACGGGAAGAAUGGAACAUCUCGUUCGAGAGGCUUUCUGCCAAUGCCUUUAUUCUGGUGCUGGCAGGGUCUGAGACAACCGCCACGACGCUGUCGGGUGCGACAUAUCUUCUGCUUAGCCACCCCGAAGCGCUGGAGAAGCUCCAGGAAGAGGUUCGGUCCAGCUUUCGCAGUGUCGACGACAUCAACAUCAACUCGGUCAACAAGCUGUCGUACAUGUUAGCAGUGCUGAACGAGGCACUGAGGCUGUACCCUCCCGUUACCUCCAGCUUGGCACGGGAGGUUCCGGGCAAGGGAGAGCAUAUUGCAGGGCAUUAUGUGGCAGGAGGUACUUUCGUCGAGGUGCAACAUUGGGCCAUGAACCACAGUAAGGAGAACUGGACAGACCCGUGGACCUUUGACCCCGAGCGCUUCUUGGCCGAUUCCAAGACACCCUCAGACAACAAGCUCGAGGCUCUCCAGGCCUUCAGCGUCGGCCCAAGAAACUGCAUCGGCCGCAAUCUUGCGUACGCCGAGAUGCGUCUGAUCCUGGCUCGUCUCAUAUUCGACUUUGACAUGAAACUCGCAGAUGACAGCAAGCGAUGGAUCGAGCGCCAGAAGGCGUUCCCACUGUGGGACAGGAUACCGCUCAAUGUCUACCUGACUCCCGUCGCUUCGAGACCAUAG